UCCAGGUCUUGAGUAUAAACUUACAAAAGUUGUGAAAAUGGGCAGAAUUUUCCUGGAUCAUAUUGGUGGCACUCGCUUGUUCUCCUGUGCAAACUGUGACACGAUUCUGACCAAUCGUUCUGAGCUCAUCUCUACUCGUUUUACAGGGGCCACAGGAAGAGCCUUCCUUUUUAACAAGGUGGUAAAUCUGCAGUACAGUGAAGUUCAGGAUCGGGUCAUGCUCACUGGCCGCCACAUGGUUCGAGAUGUGAGCUGCAAGAACUGCAACAGCAAACUGGGGUGGAUCUAUGAGUUUGCCACCGAAGACAGCCAGCGCUACAAGGAAGGCCGUGUGAUCCUGGAAAGAGCUUUGGUCCGAGAGAGCGAAGGCUUCGAGGAGCAUGUUCCGUCCGACAAUUCCUGAAGGGACUCAAGUCUCUUUGCAGGUUUUCUUCAUUUGAAACUCGAAAAUAAUAAAAAUCAACAAAAAAAUCUACUUACAUACACUGUCACCUUAGCAUCAGAGUCGGAUUCAUGGACUACAGAGUGGGAAAGAUUGUGAGAGAAUAUCAGAUGGAACCUUCCUUUCUUUAUUCCUUUAUAUUUUAAUUUUCUUCCAGCAGCUGUUUGUAGAAAGAGUGUUGUGCAGAUGCUGUAACUUUCUCUCUUGCAUUUGCAUCUGUUAGAUCUGAGAUUGUGUCUGCAGGUAUGAUGGGCUAAAAGGAAAAUAUUGGGAAGGGUUCUUUUGUUAGAGAGAAAUCAAUGGUGUUUUUUUUUUUUUUAGUUUGCACAAACUGAUGUCAGUAUAAAGUUAUUUUAAAACUACAGAUUUUUUU